CGGUGGGUUCCUAUCAUCCCAUGGAAACUGUGUGGUUUACUCAACUUCGAGGUCGAGGCCCACAAAACAUGUUCCACGACCCGCAUGUCACUAUACCGUUCACUGUCCGCCCUUUUCCAUAGUGUUUUCUCGUUUCUGGGUCUCCUUCUCCUCAUUUCUACCUUCUGCAAAUGUUCAAACUUUGCUUAAACGCUGCGUCCCGCUCAGAAUGUGCCGAUUGAGAGUGUAUGGAUUAUGAAUUUAUGAUUGUUGAUUCAUUUCUUCUCUCCGUGCUUGCGCUCACUGAUUGGCUCUGUCUCAAUUGAGCUGAACAUCGGAGAUAAUGGCGAAUUGGAUCUCCUCCAAACUCAAAGCCGCUGAGAAUAUUCUCCAGCAGAUCGAUAAUCAAGCGGCCGAGUCGCUUCGCAAGAAUGAGAGGCUUCGAUCUGAGGAACCUAGGAUAGAUUCUACUGCCAAGACAAGCGGUGCUGUAUCUUUGAAGGAUCAGUUGAAGAAAAGACCGCCGGAGGACAGUAACUAUCAGGGCAAACUGCGUGGUGAUCCCAAUUUUAGCCAGAUUAAUGAUGCACAUAAAGACAUAGCAAGUGCGCCAAAAGCCUCUCCCAAAUCUGUCCCUGCGCUUACAGAUGGUGAUUGGACUCAACUCCUUAGCACGCCUAAUCCGCCUACAGCUUCUGGGAGUAAUCACAGUAAUGGAGUGACUGCGAUUCGUGGUUUAAACAAAAAUAAUAGGAGGCCGAAGAAUUUAUCUUCUAAUUUAUUGGUUCCGGAGGUAAAGAAGAAUCAGAAGAGUGGUAACAAUGCUUCAAAAUCUUCAUCGAAGUUAGACACUGUCAAAGAACUUAAGUUGAGUGGAAAGGGUAAGGCUAGUGAUGGGGAGGAGUCUACCUCGUCAGGUUCAGCUGGGAGGCACUCAAAUGUAGAAUCCGAAACUGAUGGUAGGCAGGCAAGAAAACAAGGAUUGGGUGGUACGGAAAGUGCUACAAGGCAUGUAAUGGAACAAGAUCGUAGGGAAAGUGAAGAAAAUGGUUCCUCUGUUGAUUAUAGCAAACUUCCUCCACCGGAAUCUUUACAGUCACUCAAUAAAAUGCGAGAUACCAAAACGGCUAUUGAUAUUGUUCAAGGUCAAUCGAAAAGUACAAUUAAGGGGAAGAAUGGACUUGAUGCAGUCUCUGGAAAUUCAACAUCUGAUGAUUUGAGAACAGUUUCUUCCGUGUUAAGUGAUGUUUCUGAUUCAGAUACAGACUUCAGUUCAUCUGGCUCUGAAAGUGAGCAUGAGAGGGAGGAAAGGAAAAGGCGGCGAGAGAGAAUUCUUGCUGAGAAAGCAGCAGCUAAAGCAAUAGAGGCAAUCAAAGAACGGGAGGAUAUGGUAGCGAAAUUAGAGGGUGAGAAGCAAAGCUUGGAGAAAAUAGUUGAGGAGAGAGCUAAACAACAAGCACAAGAGGCUUCACAGCUGCAAACCACUAUGAUGGAAACAAUGGAAGCUGUUGAGUUGGAAAAGCAAAAACAUAAUAAUACUAGAAUGGAAGUUCUUGGACGUUUAGCUAAACAGGAGACAGCAAAUGCUGAUCUGGCCAGAUCCCUUGCAGCUGCUCAGUGGAACCUUGAAGUAGAGGUUAAACGAGUAGCAGAACUCCGACAGCAGAUUGUGUCAAAAGAGUUGGUUCAUGAAGAGCUCCGGAGGAGUAUAAAGAAUCCUUCUCAAACUGGAUCUUCAAAAAACCAGUUAGCUUUGAAAGGGGUUGAAUUUGAGAGAGAAAUUCUUGAGGCAGAGUAUUCUUUCAUUAAUGAUAAAGUUGCACAAUUGCAAGAUAAGGCUAGGAAACUCGAAGCAGAUAUUGAAUUGACAAGAAAGGAUAUAGAGGAGCCGACAGAAGUUGAAGUUGAGCUGAAGCGAAGGCUUAGUCAGAUGACUGAUCAUUUAAUUCAAAAGCAAGCCAAGGUUGAAGCCCUUUCCUCAGAGAAAGCGAGUCUUGUAUUUAGAAUCGAGACAGUGUCAAGGUUGCUGGACGAAAACAUGUCAAGCGCCUCCACGUCAAUGGACUUGGAAUCAGGGAUAUGGCAACUCUCUAAUUCAAAGUUGAAGCCUAUGUUACAAGAGAGGUAUCGUUCAGGCAAGAAACAGUUGGUGUCACUGCUUCGACAGUUAGAUCAUGUUUUCGUGGUUGGCGCCCUUUUCCUGAGAAGGAAUCCGAGGGCAAAAUUAUGGUCUUUGGUUUACGUUAUUUGCCUUCAUUUCUGGGUGCUUUACAUUUUCAUGUCUCAUUCUGGCGCUUCCAACGAGGGUAGAUCUGGCGCUGUGAUAUCUCUGGAAAAUAUUAACAACACUGGAGCAUGAUUUUGUUACGAUGCCUUGUUCCUUGUAUGGCUUAGCUUGCCUCACCUUUUGGGAGGUCUUCAUUGCAUUGAGUGUUCAACACCCCCGUGAGUAUCAUGAUGAAAGCAAAUGCUUGUAGAUGCAUAUUACAUUAUGUGGGGACAUAGGGCUGAACAUGGACCUGACUGGCCAAGCUGCUCAUUAGCCUGGGGUCGGGUCUGGCCUAGUUAGGUUUUCAGCAAGGUUACCUCAGCCCAUGGGCCAGUCAAGAUGGGAUGGGCUGGGUUGGACCAUGUUAAAGGCCUAGUCCAGUCCAACAUGUUUUUAAAAGAAAAGACAAAGGCAAGCACGUGACUUGGGUUUCAAAACAUUAGUGAAGUCCCAGGAAAGGUGAGAUGAAUCUCCAUUUUAUAGUACAAAAAAGCAAUUAUAACAGUACAUAGGAACUUCAUUUGGUAGAAGGGAUUGUUGGUUCCUUUAAGAUUUUGGGGCAUUGUAUUCUUCACUGAAAAAACUGAAACAUUUAAUAUGUAUUCGAGCAAAAUGAAAUCCCAGUUGUAAAAUCAUGAAUA